AAACGAUACCGGAUGACAGAUUUAAGUACGCUUAUGUUGGUUUUAAAUGCACUUUUGGAGUGAAUCGUAAAAGACCUGGAUUGAAAUUGAAAAACAAGUCGUCUAAAUGUUGCAAUUGCUCGUCUUCAUUUCGCGUGGUUUUGCGUUAUAGUGAAUACAUAAUUGCUUCCCACAAUAUGGUGCAUAACCAUCCAUGCAGCAGGGUGUACAUGCAGAAUGACCCAUGGUAUAGACGACUAACAGUUGAAGAGAAAGAAAAUAUUGAACCACUUCUUCAGCAAUCCCACUCAUCCGAUGAAAUAAUAAUGCAUGUUAAGGAGAAGUACCACAAGGAUAUAACUCGCAUCGACGUUAAAAAUAUGAAAGCCGCAGUGAAUAAAGGUAACGUUGACGUACUUGUUACAUACUUAAGGUAUUUCGAGUCGUCGUGACAUUUUUGAAUUCCUAAAAUCCCGUGGGAAGUUAAUGGAGUAUUAUUCCGAUGAACCGAUCAGGAAUUCACUAACAAGAAUUUGUUUUGCAACUUAUGAGCAAAUGGAAUUGUAUAAACAGUUCCCUGAAGUUGUUGGUAUUGAUUCUACGUAUAAUACAAAUAAAGGGAAGUAUUCUUUGUUCCAGUUACUUGUGACGGAUAAUUUUGGUCGUGGACGACCAGUUUUAUUUGCGUGGACUAGAAAAGAAUUCAAACGAGAUGUAGUUUGGAUAUUAGACUGUUUUCGUCAAAUAAUGGAA